GGCCCGCUGCCAUGGCGUCUUAUUUUGAUGAACACGACUGCGAGCCGUUGCACCCCGAGCAGGAUGCCCGAACCAACAUGCUGCUGGAGCUCGCAAGGUCCCUUUUUAAUAGGAUGGACUUCGAAGACUUGGGGUUGGUAGUAGAUUGGGAUCACCACCUGCCUCCACCUGCUGCCAAGACUGCAGUUGAGAACCUCCCCAGGACAGUCAUCAGGGGCUCUCAGCCUGAGCUCAAGUGCCCCGUGUGUCUUUUGGAAUUUGAGGAGGAGGAGACUGCCAUUGAGAUGCCUUGCCGUCACCUCUUCCACUCCAACUGCAUUCUGCCCUGGCUGAGCAAGACAAAUUCCUGCCCCCUGUGCCGCCACAAGCUGCCCACUGAUGAUGACACUUAUGAGGAGUAUAGACGAGAUAAGGCUCGCAAGCAGCAGCAGAAGCACCGACUCGAGAACCUCCACGGAGCCAUGUACACGUGAGGUGGCUGGGACGGCACGCCAGUCCUCCUCCACAACACCUUCCUCUUCUGCCUCGAAUUCUCAUUAAAAGCUUCUUUACCCGUCCUGCCGCUCCACUGCUCACAGGCCUGGGCAGGGACCCUGUACCCUCCAGUGGGCCUCUACUGCUAUGGGGGAAGGUGGUCCUGAACCGUAGAAGGUACAAGGCUGCGCAUCCCUCUCUGCCAAGCCUGCUGGCCUCAGGGCAGUAGGGCCCAGGUCAGGAACUUGGCCACCAACCGGACCAGCCAGGGCUUGGGCCUCUGUGUCUGUGGUUGGAAAGCAAAAUGUGUCAGGGUCUGGCAGCCAGUAGUUAGUUAAAAAUGGUAAAGAAAAACUAGCCCAUCAUCUCUCUCCCUCCUCCUGCAAUCUGUAGUCAACCUUAGAAUCCCAGGGGCUUCUGACAGACAUUUUCAAGUUAUUCUCUGUAUCCUCCCUUCCCCAUACCCCUUAGUGUGGAAUCGAGCUUCAAACCAGACUCUGAGCAGGACAGGAAGUGUGAAAGGAUCGAGUUGGCUCUUUAGACUGUUUCAAGGCCCAGAAAGGGCUUCAAGCUCUUGCGGGGUAUUUGGGUAGCACUUGGCAUCCUUUGUUUUUGGCAGUCCUGCUCUCAAACAGCAGUGGGCACUCAGGACCCUCCGUGGGCGCAGAGGCUUUCUCCCAUCCUUUGCCUAGGGAAAGCCAGGAUCAGGCCCUCUCCGACUCUCCAGAACAGACUACAAACAUGCAAAUUAGAAUUCUUUUAAUAGAUAUAUAUAUAAAAA